AUUAAAUGUAAUAAACUAAUGUACAUCCAUAAGUGCUAUUAAGCAUUUCUUCAUAAAUUUUGGCUAACAAAGUCAAUUUUCCUAGCAAAACUAUUCAUGCUGGUAUUUUGUUAGGCUUUUUCAAUGCCAAAAUUAAUAAGACUGAUAUUUUUGAUUCAUUUGAGAUCAGUUAUUCAGGAAAAGAUGAACUCAAUUAAAAUGAAGUUGAAUUUCUAAAAGAGAGAUAAUAAUUAAGAUUAAAAGGAGAUAAAUGGAAUCUCUUUAAAAAUUUAGAUAUUGUAGGUUUAAUUAAUUACUAUUAUUAUAGGAUGGUAUAUCACAGAUAACAAUCCUCAUAAUUAUUUAAAACUUCAUAAAUAAUUGUAAACUUUAACUGAAUCAGAAAUUUAAGAAAAUUAAACAUCUUUCUUUAAAUAUUUAUUAUGUUUUGAUCCACUUACUACUUAAACAACUUUGUUUGAACUUGAAGAUAAUAAAAUGUAAAUAUCAUAAAGUAAAAUUGAACCUCAAUCAGAAGAAAUGAUAGGCAUUACAUCAUUAUUUUCAUAACAAAAAUCAUAAUCAAAUAAAAAGUAUGAUCUUAGGGUUAAUUCAUAACUUUAAAUGAUUACUUUCUUAGAAGUAUAUUAUUAUUUCUAUAAUCUAAUAGAAAAUGCUAUAAAAAUUAUUGUAAUAAUUAGAUGAUCCAUUAAUUGUAAAUGAUCCUUUGGCUUUAUUAAAGAUUAAUGAAGUUUUAAUUUCAUUUCCAUAAAUUAAUCAAUAAAACAUAGAAUAAGACUACUUUAAACUUUUAAUAAUCAGCUACUAUUGUGCAAUAUUAAAAUUAGAUAUAACAAAAAUUAGGAAAUAGGAUUGA